AUGCAGCCCCGGUCCGAGUUCUUAUGCAAGUGGCCUGAAAAGGUCAGCGAGGAUGAGCUACAGGCGGAACCGGCAGGCAAGGUGUUGCUCACCAGGAGAGGAGGCAUCUCAGCUGAACCCAGUGGCGCCUACAAUGUUUGCUAUGCCGAUUGGACUCAGCCCGUGCAUCCCAAGACCCAGGAGCAGCGGCAGAGUUUGAGCUCAGCGCUGCAGAAAUGCCCGCUUUUUCAAGGCAUUGACGCUGAAGACUUAUCCAAGUUGGUGGAUGCGAUGGAAAUUCUGCGAGUGAAGGCAGACGAGAAGAUCUACACCAAGGGUGAGAGUGGGACGAUCCUUUUAUGCAGUUUAGCUGAUGUAGUGGCGAUCCUCAACCUUGAAUUUGUUGCUGCUUGGCCUAUGAAGGUUCCCAGCUUUCCACACCAAUGGCCAGUGGCCUCACCUUACCAUGCCAGGCGCAACAACAGUGAUGAGCACUGGCACUCCCUUUACAUCACGGCACAGGUCCAGAAUAGUGCCAAACGCAUUUAUGGCUCAGCACAUAACAAGCAAGAUAAGGAGAUUUUCUUCGAUCCCUACAUGAAGUUUGUGAAGUACCUUUGCAGUCUGUGGGACAAGUAUGACAAUGUUGUUGCUGUCGAGCUUCUGAAUGAGCCUCCGCUGGGUGGCUUACCGAACCUAUGCUAUUCCUUUAUCAUUUGGCGGCAUGUGUCCGGCUUCUUUGGGGAUGUGCUAGAGGUCCUGAAUGCGGAUCCAUCCAUCAAGUGUCCUAUAGCUAUUGCCAACUUUGGCAGUGCAGCUCCAGCCUCAGAAUGCUUCUUCUCGUGCCUCUCUCUCGCAGGCUUUCCGAGUCACACGAAGAAGCAAUACCACUUGCUGGCUCAGCAGAAUCGCCUGAUUUUCUCUUUCCACUAUUACGUUCCUCCCCUCACUGCAUCAUUUCAACAGACCGUGGAUGCCGCAAAACAGUUUGCCACUGACACUCUCCACGGUGCACCUUUAUGGCUCAGUGAGUUCUUUGAGGAUUGCCCUCAGAAGACUGCAGAUCAAAUGGCUAUGGCGGUGGAUCUAGGCAUCAAUGCGGUGACUUACUGGAACUAUGCAGAUACCGACUUUACCCAGCAACCUGGAUGGUUCAAGUAUCCCAGCGAAGUCCUCGGAGCCGGGACUGGGGAGCCCGUGAACACGGCGGGACAAAUUGAUCCCUUGGCCUUUGCCGAGCACUCGAAGACCGUGCUGGCGGGCAUUCAUUUUGGAGCCGAUAUCACGGGAUCCGGUGGUGCUCAGAAAUAUGUCUUGGAGUUGGUUCCCAUGUUUGAGACCUUCGAUGAUGAGCUUAUUGCCAGGAUCACCGACAUUGUAGAGAAGCGAAAAUAUUCGAGCGGCUCCAAGAUCAUCGUCCAGGGCCAGAAAAUCGUGCGUCGUGGGCAGAAACCAAUCGAAGGGCAGACCGUGCCAGCGGAGCUCUACAUUGUGCUGAGUGGUGAAUGUGCUGUGACAAUCUGGGUGGACCAGGUCGGCUCAGACAAGGCGGAGUUGGAAGAGCACGAGGUGAGAAGAUAUGGUCCAGGGGAACGCUUUGGAGAGUUGGCCUUCAUCAACCGGACAGAUCGUGCAGCUUCAGUGACUGCUGUAACGGACACGGAGCUCUUAUGUUUGGACCGGGACACCUUUGAGCGCUUGGAGGAAUUGGAGCUGAAGCAACGUGAAAAUUACGCCUGUGAUCCGCGCAAGGCCUUGGCUGACUUCUACAGCCCGGGUGACCAGCAUGGCCCUGGUGGCGUUGCCCAAACUCCGGGGGAGACACAGUGGUUUGCAGUGUACCGCCCUACUAGUCGAGACGCGCUCGCAAAGAUGCUGAAUCAGACGGCCGUUGGAAAGGGGCUCAAUGUGAAAGGGAAGUCAGCCAAAAAGAACUAUCUCUCUGGAUUUGUUCCUUUCCUUCAAAUCAGUGUGAAUGAGCACAAGGAACAGAUUGGGCCACCUCAAGAUGAGGCAUCCGUGACCGUUUAUUAUCAGUCGCGGGAAUCACAAGAAGCCGCACUGAAAGAACUUCAACGUGCAGAAGCGUGGAAAGAAAUGUCCCCGGUCUAUGAGGACAACUCAUAUCCAGGCGUUUACGGCUUGGUGAUGUCUGAAGACCUCUUGCGUGAGGUCUACAUCGAUACUCCUGACAUCCAGUUCCGUGCAGGUUGGGAGACGGGCCGUGCAUCAGAGCCUGCUUUCAUGGACAUGAACCUACAUGCCUUGCGAUCAGAAUCCUCUCCAAGAGUGGUUUUGUACCAGUAUGAUGCGACAAACGAACUGAAUCCGCAUGGCUUGCUGGUGGCUUAUGCAGAGGAAUAUGAAGCGCGAGGUAAGCAGAUCCGAAGCGUAAAGCCAGUGGUCUCCGAUUUUGAUACAUUUACCAUCGGUAGCAUUGGAAUGAGCUACGAGGCCUUACCGGAUGAACAGCUCGAUUUGAUGGUUUGGAGCUUGCAGCAAGCCAAGGGGAUUCUAAGCAAGCCGGGGAAGAAGUCCUGGAACUCCCGCUGGUUGGAAGUACUGCAAAAGGCCAACCAGGAGGGUUUCCAUCCGUCCAUUCCCCCGUAUGGCUUUGGGGAUCCCACUUCGUACAGGUUGAUUGAGGAAGUGAUCAAAGCGACAGCCAUCUCUGGAGCUGUCCGACAUGGAGCUGAAUGUUUUAACUUCUAUUUUCCCCAAGAGUUUGAUGCAGAAUACCUGGUGGUAUGGCAUGGGUUGCCUGGUAAGCCAUGGGCUUACUAUGACCCAGGUGCUUUGCAGAAAUUCCUCAUGGAGCGAAUUGAGGAGGGCUUUUCUUUUCCAAUCAAUCCAGUUUGGCCUGUUCGCGAUCCAGGCUGGUAUGAGAUCUUUUCGGCCCUCCUACGCCGUGAGGAUGCCAAGAAAUCUUUGAAGGCUUGGUUUCCCCCUCACCGAAGUGUGGUGGAGUGCAUAGAGUCCAUUCACGAAGCAUUUCCACAAGGCUUCCAGACAACUAAGGCUGAGAAUGAUGACCUGGAGCCUGAGGAGCGUGCAGACCUGCUCCGAUUUCAAGCAAAGAGACGCUGGAGAAAGCUUCGAAUGGCCACACGGAUCUCGAGAUCCUUCAGCAAAGAAUCUAAUUCCUCUAAAUGA